UGCGCUUGCGCACUUUCAUAAAGAUUGUUUUUGUUCAUAGGCGCGUCUGCGUGAUGAAGUUCCGGCUGAAGUGGGACAUUUAACUUAAUCUCUGAGAAAUGUGAUUUAUAAAUUGAUAAUAUUAAUAUUUUUAUUAUCUGACUAUAAUCAUGGCCGGCAGAUUUAGGCGUAAUAAAAGUGGCGAAUCUUGUGCUGUUGCUCCAUCAGCUCCACCAUUAGAUUUAUGUGAUGAUACUGAAGAAUCUCAAUAUAAUAGAGACCUACAAAGUGCAGUUUUCUUAUCCAAAUUAAACAGUCAUAUUCCAAAUGUUAAUGUCACACCUCCGCCGGAUGCUGUGGAUGAUGAACCGGAACCAUCCGCCCCUCCCUUGGAGCUGAUGGAUAAAGUACGGGGGUAUGAAACUGCAUCUUUCGAAGACGUAACUAUACCACCUCCAGCAGAACCUGAUCCCCAGAAACUUGACAGUGAACUUCAGAGGUGCCCUUUGCCAAACAUACCACAUUUUUCUGAAAAGGAAGUGAGAGAUGCCUUACGUAAAGACAUAUCAUCCCAUUGUUGUUAUAGCCAAAGGCCUGUUAGAGACAUGUGCAUCACUGACAUAAAGCAUUCCAUUGCAUUUCACUAUACAUUAGAAACAUUUACUGAAAUCAGGACAACAUGUUGGGCUUUUGAACCAUAUACGGGUGGAACAAUUGCUGGAAGUAAUUCAGGAUCUGUUCCAGGGCCUUGGGAAAUAUUAGCGUUUCCACCAACUUAUUUCAAAAACCAUUCUACUCAAUUAGAAGUUCCUCAUACUGCAUCUUUAAAAACAUGCCAUGUUUGUGGAGGCGUUGGACGGAAGAGAUGUUCCACUUGUUCUGGAAAAGGAUCUGCAUAUUGUUUUUCUUGUCAUGGUGCUGGCUACAGGCAUAUUACUUUGACAACAGGUAGCGAAACAAAGGAUUGUUUGCAAUGUACUGGCACUGGUCAAAGAAAGUGCUGGAAGUGUUCUGGAGAAGGGAUGGCAAUGUGCAAAACAUGUUCUGGAACAGGACAAAUCAAAUGUUAUCUUCGUGUCACCAUAAAGUGGAUGAAUCAUUUAGAUGAUCAUGUUGUGGAAAAGGUUGCAGCUCUAAGCGGAGAUAGGAUCCGGACAGCUAGUGGUGACAUUGUUUGUCAAGAAGAAGGGAAUUCUCUAUUACCUUUAACACAUUUUCCUGACACUACUGUUAACAUGGCAUCUGUUCAGUUACUACAAAAACAUGAAUCAUCUUUUCCAUCUGAAAAAGUAUUAAAGCAGCGCCACAGAGUAAGCAUCGUUCCCGUGUCAUCUGUCAACUAUUCUUGGCGUAGACACGAAGGACUUUUUUAUGUCUACGGUUAUGAAAGGCGAGUUUAUGCUCCUGAUUACCCACAUGUUUGUGCCUGUUGCUGUUGCAUUAUGUGAAAAGAAGGCUAUCACAAGACCUGCUCAAAAAAACAUCUUUUUAUUUUUAUACUGAUAAAACACUUCUCAUAAUUGAACUGAAUAUAAUGUUGGAUGUCCAAAAUGAUAUAUUUAACUAUUUCUUAAUUAUGCUGCAGAUGUAUCAAUUACUUGGUUGAAAUUUAAUAAUUCUGAUUAAAUUUAUUUUAAUUAAUCUUUCUGCAUUUGCUUUGUG